AUUUUAAAUAUAUUUGUUAUCGCUUUUUGGUGCGCGCCGCACAGAUUACUCCAUUUAUAAUCAUGGAAAACAACGACAGUGUGGAUCCACUGGAGAAGAUAAUGGAGGAAUUGGAUGCUACCAAUGCUGAUUCAAAUCCAUAUUCUCCACAAACAAAGGAAUUGCCGCAUAGGCCAAUCGUAAUUCCGCCUGAGAUCAAAGAAGAACCCUUGGAUAGUGGGACGGAGCCUGUUGCAACUACAACAACCACAACUGAUAAUUCUGAAACCGCUGAAAGUGCAGAAAUUGGAGAAUCAACUGAAGAUGUUGCUAAAAGCACGCCAAAUGCCACAGGUACAACUACCCAAGGUAGAGAAGAUAAGCCGUCUGUGACGCAAACUACUUUUGUUACAACAACUACCGACGCUGUGGUAGGUCCACCAGCCGCAGAAACUCGGCAUGCUAACGUUGUGCCAACAACUUCAAUGUCGACGCCACAUGUUCCACUUGAUGCUCAAGUUCAAAUAAAGCAAGAAAAACCAGAUGACGAGGUCGAGGCGCCAACAGUUUCCGCAGCAUACAUGACAAAGAGCGUAGCUAGUGAAAAUGAACCCGCCGACAUAUUACCCAGAAUAAAAUCUGAACUUAUUGACACAAAUGAUUCUACUUUGGUAGUAAAUAUACCACUUCCACCGCCUAACCAUGUUACAGUACGCCGUAAUACCAUAACGCUAGGCGCCAAGGAUACAAAUGUGUCGGCUAAAUCUCUUAAAAAUUACAACAUGGAAGAUGGCGAGCUCGAAAUGGAUGAAACGCUGCCAGAUAAUUUUUUUGACGACCUUCUACAAAAUGCCGACGAUAUUACAGCGGCAGCUUUACAUGCGCCGACUCCAACAGAUGCCCCGCAAGAAAACCCAAGGAUAAAAAGCGAACCUAUUGAUAGUUCAAAUGCUGCAGAAUUUACACAGUCCGCACCAAUUCCAGAUAAUUUCUUCGAUGAUUUGCUGGUCGAUCAUGUUGCAGAGCGAAUAGAAGAUGUAGUUAAUCAAGAUCUGGAAGAAAAAUAUUCCGAACGUCUAAAGGAGUUGCAACAAUUAGAAUCUAUUGAUGAGCGCUCAAAUAAGGCACAUAAGAAGCAUAAAAAGAAGAAAAAGAAAUCACAUAAACGUUCGCACGCUGAUGCACAAGAUGAUGAAGAGCAUAUAGACGGUACGAGAAAGCGUAGUAAGCGAAUUCCACGUAGUAACAGCAGAAGUCCUAACUCUAGAACAAUAACGCUGAUAGACGACAGUGGUAGCAGAAGUCCUGAGCGCGGACCACAACGUACGCGAAUACGAGUGAAAAGUGAAUUUAUGGAGAUUCCUGAUAGUCCGCCACGCAGUGGCUCGCUGUUUCCGCAUGCUGCAGCUCAACCAUUUCACCCAUCGCCUUUGCCUUUGGAUAUAGUGAAUUUAGAUACAGACGAACCGGAGACAAGCAGCGCAGCAGCGGCAAGAAGGGCCAUGCCACCAAACGUACACAACCGCAUGAUUCGCGUGAAAAGCGAAUUCGCAACAUUACCAGCGCCAAAUUCUGCGCCACCUGCUGACGACGAUGGUCCCGAUAUUAGCUUACCUGUGCAGGAAAGAGAGCUCUUUCAACGCCGUAGUAGCAACAAUAGGAAUGGGCUUAUUAUUGAUAUGACUACGCCAUUGGGCUUCAAGCGAAUAAAACUGGAAAAGGACGUUGAGAAAUCUAGAGAAAAACAAGCAAGUCUGCUUUCGCCCAAGGAUAAAAUUCUACAUGCAAAGCAACGCGCAAUCGACGCAAUUGAGGCACUCAAAAAGGGUAACAACCCAGAGAAAAAUCACAUGGUAGAGCUUAUAUAUACAACAACGGUGCGCAAAUUGCCCAACAGUAGCUCUUAUUACAAACAACAAAUUUACGAAAAUCGUUCGCCAUUACACAAUGUCAACAAUGUCCAUUACAAAUUCAAUUCCCACGCUAAUCAAUUCAACUUGUACGAAUGGGGCUUGGAAGCAAUGCCUCAAGUAGCAGGAAAAGUGGCUAAACUGUUAGGUUUCGACGCGCAUGCGCUAACCGAAAAACUGCGCACAGUCCAAUUGCCGCCCAAGCUGCAAAAGAUCAAACAGGAAUGCCUGGAACAGCAAGCUGACGAGCAAAUGUCACAGCCACAGACGUCAUUCCUCGUUACAGUCGCCACGCAAACAAAUGAAGUCACCGUCUUGGAAUCGGCGGCGGAGAGGCGUAAAAACUUACACGAUAUUGCGGUACAAGCUAUGCCGCCGCGCAAUUGCGCCGCAACGCAAACUACAGCAUUAUUAGCUACGAGCACCAGCGGCUACGAUGAUCUGCCAUUGAUGCAGCAGAUUAAUACUUUAAACGAAAAUCAACUAAUGGCUUUAAGUGAUUUUGCCGAGCUAAUAUGCGAACCUGUACCGGCAAAUGGCUUGGACUUGUAUCGCACGCGGCAGCGCAUGAUCGAUAUCUAUAAAUGCGCACAACUACCUUCUGCACUUGAGCCUGCUCCACCGCAAAUAACGCAGAUGGUGUUACCACCAUCAAGGCCACGCGAUCCGCGUAUAGAACAUAUGGCGGGGAUUCAUGAAUCGCCACCACCAGCGCCACCGUCACGACAUGUGCAUACAACGCACGCAUCGCAGCAACCACAUCGCAUUCGGCCAGCGAUGCCGCAACAGCACCACCCAUCAAUGCCCACACAGAAUCGCCCAACAAUGCCCACACAAAGUCGCCCAACAAUGCCCACACAGAAUCGCCCAACAAUGCCCCUGGCCCACCCACGCGACUCAACUUUACCGAAAGUGCCGCAGAAAAUACCCGUCAUUUCAAAUGUACAAUCGUUACAUCCAGGGCCAGAAUCUUCAAAAUAUUACGGCCGUGGCGGCAUGCGACGCUGAAUCAAAGUUACCUCUUACAAACAAUCGGCUAAUACAUAUUUGUUAAAUAGAGUUUUUAUAAGCUAUUAUAAUACAAGAUUUGAUUGCUUUAAACUUCACAAAGUCAAAAAGUUGUACAUGUGCUUAUUGUAAUAAUAAUAAUAGUAUAGUUUUGGAAUCAAAUCGACCAUGGAAAAUAUAUAUGUCUAGUUCAAC